AUGCUUGACAUAUCCACAGGCCAAUUUUCAACAAUACUACAUGAUAAUAAAGUUCAACACCCCCUUGGUGGUGGUUCUUAUGUAUUCAAAACAGGUUAUAUUGAUUACAUUACAAGUCAGGUAACUAAACCAGACAUAAAGAUAAGUAUAGGAGCCCAGCCCAAUGGUUCGCCACACUUUGGUACCUUGAUGACCUUUUCUUUAGCUUUCUCGCUAGCUCACGAACUGCAACAAAGAAAAAAAAAUGUGUCUGUUGUUUUAGAGUUAGUGGAUACCGCUAAGGAUCAUAAACAGGAUUGUUCUUAUGAUGGCGUGGGUUACCAAAAAAGUAUUUCUUAUACUGGUAAAAUUAAACAACACCGGAAUGAUUACGAGGAAUUAUUGAAAAAAUUAAAGUCCUAUUCUGGUGUGAGCUAUGAAAUAAGAGGACAAACCGAUUUCAAUUCUCAUGAAAAAAUACCAGAAAUAAUUGGCAAGUUGAUUAAUAAAAGAGAGCAAAUUGGAGCUUUAUUAUCUCCUGAAUCGAAGUGCUUAGCUUUAAGAGCUGCCUGCCCGCACUGUGGCUUAGCCGACAAACAUGGACUAAACAAUUCCUAUGAUGAUAAAAUGAUUAAAUUUUUUUGUCACUUUCAUGGUCAAUACUCUAUCGAUUUUGAAAAAGAGCCUUCUAAAUUGGAGUAUAACACUCCUUUAAGAAAUUUGAUCAAAGGAAUAGUAUAUUCAGAAGACAAUAAGGAUAAAAAUAUUAAUCAUGCUUGGAUUAGAGUGACCGGAAGUGAUUAUGCUGGGACCUACCAAGAACAAGUUCUCUAUAGAGGAGCAUCUAUAUUAGGAACUAUCGCUAGUGAUUUGCCUUUUAUAGUUUAUUGUCCGUUGGUAACUGAUUGGUCAGGUUCUAAAUUGUCUAAAUCACUUUACGUUGCGGGAAAAGCUUACGAAUAUUUGUGUGAGCAAAAGCUCGAUUAUCUCAUUGACUAUAGUAAAUUUCAAGAAAGAUUUGACAAUGAUGGGUUAAAAAAACUGUAUCAAGAGGUCAGUUUAUGGUUGAAUAGACCAUAUAUGCUAUUUAAAAGUUAUAGUAUUUAUUAUUUCGAUAGGUUAUUCAGUAAGCCAGAAACUUUAAUUCAUCAAGAGCCAGUAAUUGCAGGAAAGAAGCUUUUUAAUUUAAAUUAG